CAACCUCGCCAUGUACCACCACAUAACAAGCUCUUCUCGUUCCCUUCAGCUAAAUUCGCUUCGAUGGCCGUAACAAAGAGAGCAACGUCGGGCGCAUGGAAGCUCCUGCGCCUGGCUCUUCUAUGGACGCGCAAGGGCGGCGCGUUCAGGCGCGGCGGCGCCUUCGUCGGCCUCCGCCUGGGGGACUACAUCAAGAGCCUCAAAUCCGGCGGCCGUCGCGCCGAACAGCUCCAUUUCGGGGAGCGCGAGUUCUCGUUCGAAGAGACGCCGAUCCUCCGCUUCAAGACGCCCUCGGCAAGGUUCCUCUGCUUCCCCUGCAUCGCCGCACCUGCCGCAGACGAGGACUACUUCUUCAAUGUUCACGGGCAAGACAGGAGCGCUACGACCGGUUACUGGAUCGACGACGGCGAGACCAGCUCCGACGGCGAGGUGGCGCCGGAGUGGAGGGAAUUGGACGAGCAGGAUGUACGAGGGGAAGAGGAACUGGAGGGAAUAGAUAGCAAGGCCGAACAGUUCAUAGCAAAGUUCUACGAGCAAAUCAAGAUGCAGAGACAGGUCUCGUGGAUACAGUACAACGAUAUGCUCCUUAGAAGUGUGAAUUGAUCACCCUCAAAUUCUUUCUGAUCGCGGGGUGUAAAUAUUGUGAGCUUUUGAUCGGGAUUUACUUGAAGCUUAUAAUUCUUUUUUGCUUUUUCUCAGUGUAAUAAAAGGGUUGUAUUUGUAUGAAGCUUCCAUCCAGAGGGAAACAACGAGAAAAAUAAAAUUGAGCGUUGA